GAUGUGUUUGUUUACAUUUCGCUCCCAUGGAAUUUGCGUGAAAUUAGUGCAAAACAAGUGCAAAAUGAAUCAUUGGUCUCGUAAUUUGAUAAAAUCCAUGCAAGAUCCCAGUUCCAUUGUGAUAAAGAAUGAUUUGGUUGUAGUUAUUCGUGAUAAGUACCCGAAAGCAAGACAUCAUUUUCUGGUUCUCCCUUAUGAGAGCAUUGAUGAUAUCUACCAGCUCAGGAAGUGUCACUUACCCCUCUUGGCGGAGCUAGAGUUAAUGGGAAAGAAUGCAGUGGAGGUAAUUGGAGGAAAGCUCAGUGACUUCAAGAUGGGUUACCACGCUCAGCCGAGUAUGAAGCGACUGCAUCUCCACGUUAUUUCUGACGAUUUUAUCUCACCCUGCAUAAAGAGCAAACAUCACUGGAACACUUUUACCACGGACUUCUUCAUUCCCACUUGUAGGAUCAAAACAAUGCUGGAGACAAUGGGGAGAGUACAGAGAUUGCCGGAAAGUGAGAUUAAAGCCUUACUCAAAAGAGAUCUGCAAUGUCACAAGUGCUCCUACAAGGCAGACAAUUUGCCUAAUCUCAAAAACCACCUUUUAAUCCAUUGA